AUGUGCAACUCCAACACCUGCGGCCCCAACAACUGCAGCACCCACACCUGCAGCUCCAAGAACUGCGGCCCCAACAACAGCAGAACCCACACCUGCAGCUCUAACAACUGCAGCACCCACAAGUGCAGCCCCCACAACUGCGGCUCAUGCAACUGCAGCCCCAGCAUGUGCAACUCCAACACCUGCGGCCCCAACAACUGCAGCACCCACACCUGCAGCUCCAAGAACUGCGGCCCCAACAACAGCAGAACCCACACCUGCAGCUCUAACAACUGCAGCACCCACAAGUGCAGCCCCCACAACUGCGGCUCAUGCAACUGCAGGCACAACAACUACAGCUCCCACAACUGCAGUCCCAACAACUGCAGCUGA